ACGAAGUAAUAAACAUCAGAUCUCUAACUAAACGCGAAAUAUCCGAUGGGGAAAUCAAAAGGAUAUAUUUAUCUGCUUUCGGAAAGAAGAUGAAAUUAAACUUGAAGAAGAAUAAGGAUUUCGAAGAAAGAUUAAAGAAAUUUAAAGUGUUACUGGCGGAAACUACAAACAAUGGACUUAAAUACCGCGAUGUUACGGCUCAACAGGGAGGUUCAUCCGACUUAGGAUCUACUUAUCACGACGACGAGAAAAUGGCAGCCAUUUUGAUGAGGCAAGCCGAGGACGGAGGAAUCGAAAUGGAAGGGACGAUAGGAAACGAUUUUGUCAUUAAACCAAUCCCUAAAACACUUUACGACUCGUCGUACGUUGAUGAUGAGAUGUUCCUGGAUGAGGACGAGCAGAUAGAAUUGAAUAAAACGAGAGCAAAUUUCAAUAAUUCGCAAAAUAUAGGAGGGAAUCAUAUAGUAUUUAAAAGGAAAUUUGGAGGAUUACACGACCAUUCCGACUAUCUUAACAUGGAAUCAGCUAGUCUACUCAACACCUCAAAGCUGCAUCAAGCUUCUAGUUCAAGAAGAAAAAGAGCAGCACCAGAUACAGUAUGGCCGGAAGUACUAAUGGUCGCCGAUUACGAUACUUUUCUUCUUCACGGAAGUAACAGUCGCGAUGUUAAACGUUAUUUUGUUAGCUUCUUUAAUGGAGUCGAUCUUCGUUAUAAAUUAUUAAGUUUUCCUCGAGUUAGGAUCAGUUUAGCCGGAAUGAUUGUGGCUAAGGAUCGGGAUGCCACGCCUUAUCUAGAGAGAAAUCGUCUACGUCAUCCUAAUCACGAUGCUGUGGAUGCUGCUGGUGCAUUGACAGAUAUGGGAAAGUACCUGUAUCGUGAAAAUCGUUUGCCCACUUACGAUUUGGCAGUAGUCAUUACAAAACUAGAUAUGUGCAGGAGGAGAUUCGAAGGAGGGAGAUGCAACAGAGGAACCGCAGGUUUCGCUUAUGUGGGGGGUGCUUGUGUAGUCAACAAACGUCUGGAGAAAGUCAACAGUGUGGCAAUCAUCGAGGACAGUGGAGGAUUCAGUGGAGUCAUUGUAGCUGCUCACGAAAUAGGUCAUCUUUUGGGUUGCGUACACGAUGGUUCACCACCCCCCAGUUACUUAGGAGGACCAGGUGCUACUCAUUGUCCUUGGGAAGAUGGUUUCAUUAUGAGUGACCUGAGGCAUACAGAACGAGGAUUCAGAUGGUCUUCGUGUAGUAUCGAACAAUUUAAACACUUCUUGAACGGCGAAACAGCAUCGUGCCUUUAUAAUUUCCCACACGAAAAUGAUCUCUUACCUCGAGUACUACCAGGCACCAUGUUCACGUUAGAUGAACAAUGCAAACGAGAUAGAGGAACAACCGCCUGUUUUAAAGAUGCAAGGGUGUGCGCCCAACUCUUUUGUUUCGAUAGUGCAUCAGGAUAUUGUGUAUCCUAUCGUCCUGCUGCAGAAGGAUCCAGCUGUGGGGAUGGUCAGGUGUGCAGAAAUGGAAAGUGCAUCACAGAAAUAGAUAACAUCAUCCCAGAUUACUCUCACGUUACUCAAACUUUUGUCAAUGGACCACAGAGUAGGGCGGAUACCGAAGAGGUACCACAACCUUCUCAGAGAUCCAGAUACAGGUCGAGAGUGCGUCAACACACUACUACUCAGGGCAGCGUGAAAGAAGCGGAUGUAUAUACAACGGUGUCGGAUGAAGACGAUUGUCAAGAUAAAAGUGAACAAUUAGCAAGAGGAUUGGAUUGCAAGAGAUUUUUCCAAAGAUUUGGCACAAGAUACUGCGGACAUCAAUUUGUGAAACAGAAUUGCUGCAAGACUUACGAGAAAAUGUGCAAAAAGAGUUAAUGUUAAAUCAUGUGUAUAAAUUUUUAGAACUAUUUUUUUUUUUAAAUUCAUUUCUUGCACAAACUGCCCCAUUGGAAUUACACAAACUGCUCAUAAAGAACACACUUCCCUUUUUUUUAAUAGUUGAAUGAAACUUUAAACAUUCCAAACUGGAGCAAAAUCUUUUAUACAUCAGUUCAGAAUGUUUAAAGUUUUGCACUUUUAUGGUCAGUUUAGUGCAAUGUGGAUUAUUUUAGUGAGACUAUUAUAAAUGUUAGUUAAAUUUGAGGUCAGUGUACUUCAAAUUAUUAUUAUUAUUAUUUUGAUUAUAUUAUUUGUUAAUUAUAAACAAUUCAGUCAUAUUUUCCUGUUUUUCUGAAUGGCUGAAAUACGUAUAGAUGAUUUACUAUUUUAUUACCACAAGCAGUGGCGGUUUUAGGCGGCAAGAGGCCCUAGAUAAGCGUAAACUCACGAGGCCCCCUUUUAUACAAGUCUAUAGCGUAAUGCCCUCAUCACAAAGUACGUAAUAUUGUAUAAAAUUUAAGGACUUAGCUAGUACUGGAGUACAAAGUAUAUGUGCACAUCUAAGGCCUCUAAAAGUGUGAGGCCCUAAACAUAAGGCUCAAUGCCUAAAACCAUCACUGACAAUGAGCCAAUAGUAACAAAAUAGAAAAACAUAUUUCAUUUUCAUAUAAUAAAAUAUAAUUCACU